AGUGAGGGUUGGGGGAGGUGGAGGGGGAGGCAGAAGGAGGGUGGAAAUUUACAGUGAAACCAGGCCGUUUCGAAGGAAACGCUGCCAGUUUCCCUCUGGCCCUGGAGUGAGGACGGCCAUGACCUCUCCUUCCAUCGUGACCUUUGCCCCUGUACGCCGGGUUGCUGUCUUGGGGGGUGUCCAUGGCAACGAGAUGUCAGGCAUCUUCCUCACCCGCCAUUGGCUACAGGACCCGGCCGAGCUCCAACGGUCAACCUUCUCCGUGAUGCCUCUCAUGGCCAACCAGCUGGCCGUGGAGCAGUGUGUUCGAUACAUUCACAAAGAUCUCAAUAGAUGCUUCCUGCCAGAAAACCUCAACUCGGAGUUGGACCCGUCUCUCCCCCAUGAGAUUGUGAGGGCGAAGGAACUGAAUGAGCUGUUGGGACCCAGGGGGAGCGAUACAGCAGUGGAUUUAGUCAUUGACCUUCACAACACAACAGCUAACAUGGGAGACUGCCUGAUGAUCAAUAACUCGUCCGAUCACUUCAAUACUCACCUCGCUGCCUACAUUCAGGUACCUCGCGUUGGCUCACUCAUUCUCUCCCUCACUCCCUACCUCACAGAGUACAGUGAAAUGUCACCGAGCUUGUCACCGUCUGAGAUACAAAGGGGUCUGGGGCGGAAACCUCAGGGUCGAAGUGCAGUAGAAACCGAGGUGAAAAAGUUAAGCAUUAAUUCGAAAGCUGAUCCGAGAAG